AUGUUGUACGAAGAGUUCCUUGGGAUCAGGCCUAGUCAGAUUGCCUCUGCAUCAUACUUCCUCGCCGAGUCACUCCUGAAGUAUGCAAAUCAUACAGUAGACCUGACAAGCUCUCCCAGACGGUUGUGGGACAGUGUGGAUAGUGGCGAGGAUAAUGAAGACGAUGAAGACGAUGAAGACGAUGAAGACGAUGAAGACGAUGAAGACGAUGAAGACGAUGAAGACGAUGAAGACGAUGAAGACGAUGAAGACAAUAAGGAGGAUGAGGAGGAUGGGGACGAUGAGAAUGAUGGGGAUGAUGGGGAUGAUGGGGAUGAUGGCAUAAAUGGUGCUGACAGUGCACAUCGCUACUAA